AACAACAACAACAAUUAUAAUAAUAUAGAGAGAGACGAAAACGGAAAGCAACGAACAAUCGCAGGAAAAUCAAAGUAAAGCAGAGCAAGAAAAGAAGAAUGGGAAACAGCCAGUCACCUCCAGCAGCAAAUCAUCGUUUCACUUCAGCUUCCAGAGCUUUUACACCAAAGGAACUGGAGGAUCUCAAAUCACUCUUCACUUCCCUUGCUGCCCAGUCACAGAGCAAUGGCCAAUACAUUUCUUCAUCUGUCUUUCAGGCUUACUUUGGGUUAAAAGGUCCUCUUGGGGGUAGAAUGUUUGAUUUAGCCACGCAGGGGAGGAAAGACGAUAAGCUUACCUUCGAAGACCUUGUGAUCACUAAAGGGACUUAUGAGAAAGGGACAAAAGAUGAAAUUGAGGAGUUUAUUUAUCAAUUGUUGGAUGUUACAAAUGAUGAAAAUUUGACAAGGUCUGACCUAGACUCUGUUCUAGUCUCAAUGUUUGAUCAUAUAUUCCACCUGAAAGGUUCUGAACUGGAAUCAAGUUCACAUUGCUACAUGGUGAACACAUUUCUGAAUGCUGCAACAUUCUCAAAGGAUCAUGAGGGAUAUAAUGAUAAAAGUAUGUCUUUUGAGGAUUUCAAAAGCUGGUGUACGCUUGUACCGUCUGUGAAGAAGUUCCUUGCAAGCUUACUAGUGCCACCGGAUCCAGGGAGAUCGGGAUCUCAGGUUCCUAAAUUUCAGCAUUUAGAUAAUAUUGAUUCUACUGUAUUAUUAUUGAGAGAUGAAUAUGCUUGGCAUAUAGGAGGAGCUAUAUCUCAGGAAGAGCUGGAGGAAUGGAAACUCUUGUAUCAUAGCGCAUUAAAUGGUUUAAGUUUUAACACAUUCUUGGGCAAUGUAUCAAACCAUGAUGAGCCAACUGUCUUGAUUAUCAAGGAUAGAGAAGGUUACAUAUUUGGAGGUUAUGCUUCUCAGCCUUGGGAGAGGCAUAGCAAUUUCUAUGGAGACAUGAAGUCUUUUCUCUUUCAGCUCUACCCAAAGGCAUCUAUUUUCAGGCCAACAGGAGCAAACAAUAAUUUACAAUGGUGUGCUGUGAACUUCGGUUCAGAGACAAUCCCAAAUGGCAUCGGUUUUGGAGGACGCAUAAAUCACUUUGGCCUGUUCCUCUCGGCAGGCUUUGAUCAAGGGCAUACCUUCUCCUGUACCACUUUCAAUAGCCCUUGCGUUUCCAAGACCAGCCAAAUAUACCCGGAAGUGAUUGAAUGCUGGGGAGUUGUUAGAAAAGGAAUGGAAAAAGAAAAGCCAGAUGUUGCUAAGGGUUCAGUGUUAGAAAGGUUUAAGGAGGAGAGGCAUAUGCUCAACAUGGUUGGGAUUGCAAAUGCAAGUGGGUAGCAUGCACUUUUAGAUGGUUUUUGACAUUCUUAAAAAUUGCAUAUUUAAAUGAUGAAGGCUAUGUACGGUAGAAUUUUUUGAAUCUGCUUUGUACUACGUGUGUAAUACUGGAUGCAGUAUAUGUUACCAUUGACAGUGAUCAGUGCCUUUGAAAGGUCGUAAUGCUAUUUGCCUGACAGAAGAUUCUCUACCUCGUUUUAAAAUAAUCCAUAGAAGAAGAUUGGGGAUUAACUAUCCUUUGUUGCUGUGAAUUGUUUAUAGCCAUUAUAGAAUCAUAUACUCUUUCUUUGUAAAAUAUGAAUUUGCUGCUUUUUAAUAGGAAUAUUCUUCUGUUGUCAUCUGACCAUGACACAACAUAAAAUUGUGGGAUUACAUGGAGCUUUCACCUAAACAUUAUACAUAUCACAGAAUUAUGUAAUAUGACACAUCCAAGUAGGAAGAAAAAUCGUGGCAUUUAUGGCUGCCAUGUGGAAUGUUGACGAAGUUUCUCUGACCUUUUAUCCAUCACUCGAUAGUUCAAUUCUG